GGGAUAUACUGUGGUGGUCAUCUUUGGAGUGUAUUUUAUAAUACAGUAUAUUUUCAUAGGUCAUGAUAACAGAGAACAGUAUGUGGAAAAUGCAUUUACAGAUGAACCAUGCAACUGCACACCAAAGGAUAUCAAUGAUCUGAGCCAUGCAUUUAUUGGCCAUGCAUCACCAAGCCAUGCAUUCUCAGUUCACACGCAAAAUUCUAAAAAUAAUUCAAAAUAUAAAAUGAAUCAAUCAAUGAUAAAUUCUACUUAUCAUAAUGAGGAUAUUAACAUUUUCAUGUUUUAUAAAGUUGUAUACAACAGACUUGCCAAAUGUGGCAGCACUAGUGUCAUAACAAUUUUACAAAAUCUCGUUUUGAAAAAUGGAUUUGCGCUAACAGAUCGUCGUGGAUUUGGAAGUUCAAGGUCAGUUGUGAAUGAAGUUGUUGCUAUGGCGUCACCAGGGAUUUACAUCAAACACCAUGACUUCAUAAAUUUCACCUCAUAUAACACAUCACAACCAGUAUUUAUCAAUAUCAUUCGUCAUCCAGUUGAUCGUGCGAUAUCAUCAUAUUACUACACCAGAUGGCAGCAGGGUGUUUUCAAUCAAACCCUCGAAGAAUGCAUCGCACGAUUCACUUACAGUUACUGUGCAAUUUCAACAACAUAUUCAUUAGAUCGGCUAUGUGGAACAAAAUGUACUUUAGAACAGACGAAGAAACACAUUGAAAAAUACUACUUCUUCAUUGGAGUUGUGGAACAUUUUAAUUCAACCAUGGAUGCCCUUGAGUUGAUUCUACCAUUGUAUUUCAAGGGUUGGAAAUCUGUUGCAGAAGAUUGUAUCGAUCUGAACACUGCACAUAUGAAGAAGACACCGCCAAGUGAAAAUACAUUGAAAAAGCUGAAAUUUGUUUUGAGCUCAGAGCUGGAAUUAUAUAACUUUAUAUUGCAGCGUUUUCAUAGAACUUUGAAAAAUCUUAACAUAUUUGU